GCUAUAAGUACAGACAGAACGAGAAGCACCGGCUCUAACACCAUUCAUCUCAGAUUCAGAAGCCUUCAACUUCAAAUCCUUGCAUUUUGAAGGCAGCCAGUAGGGUGCGGGGCUACAUCUCUGUCAGAGACCUACAGGCGCCAGCACAAGGUGAAGAGGGCGCAGGAGGAAAGGAACCAAGGGAUGGCGUUCAAGUGGUGGGCCGUCGCAUUCGUAGGCCUAAUCUCCGUGUCAAGGGAGCAGAAUGGAUAGAGUAAUGGGCCUUAGGCCAUAGCUAUACAGGAAUAUAAAGCAAGCGUGUAAUAGGAAGAUGGACAGAAAAAUAUACCAGAACAGAGUCAGUCUGCUCCUUUGCCUAUCUGUAUUCUUCCCUUCCUGCCUGUCUUCUGCUUCUUCCUCGCCAAGGCGAUAACAAGUGGUAUCAGACUUGGUGUCCGAUCUGGCGGCUCCGCUCCACUACACAAGGCGCGCGAAGAUGGCAGGUGCACCCGAUCCAAGCGUGACGUCGGCCCUGGAAGCGCAGUCCAAAUCCAUGGAGGCGCAAUCAAGGACGCUGGCGACUCAAUCCCAACUUCUUCAACAACUCUGUGAUCGAUUGGAGUCACAAGAUCACCGAUGGUCCCAGAUGGAGGAUGCGGUCAAGAUGAACACCACCAAUAUCUCCAAGUUACAGGAGAAGCUGGGUGAUGGAGAGAUUGAAGCAUUCCGAACGGAUCUCACCCGUUCCUUGGGCGACCGCGUCGAAGCACAGAUCGCACAAUUGGAGGCAGCAACCUUGGGGCGUGUCGACGGAUUGGUGACCGAGACCUCCAAUCGGGUGGCGGUGCUGGAGAACGCCACCUCGGCGUUCGAGUCUUGGCGGCCACGAGUCGAACAUUCCGUGGACGGCAUCAGGAACUCCGUGGACACCUUGCGCUCGGACCUUGCUCGGCUGACCCAAUUCCUCGAGCGCAACAACAACACCACAGGAGAUCAUCGCGGCCAAGACAGCAUCCUUGGACCAUAUGUACCAGCGGGAGAGCACACAUCUGCUUCCCCGACUUGUACUGGAAGGCCCGACGGGCACGGCACUGCAACUACUAACCGGGAGUAUGGUUUUGGGAAACCACACCCAAUCCAACUCCCGAUCAAUGGUAUAUGUUCUUCUCAACCUCGACGUGGUCAAUCUGAGUUCCAUUCUGUACCUUGCGGUCGCACUUUUGACAUGAAUGGGGUUGAGGGGCCAGGGCACUUUUCAGCCAAGAAUUUAGGCAACCUACCCAAAAUUCACUUCCCAUCCUUUGAUGGAGAUAAUCCUCGGUUGUGGCAAAAGCGCUGCGAGGAUUAUUUCAUUAUGUAUGAGGUAGAUCCUGCUGUUUGGAUUCGAGUUUCAUCUAUGCAGUUCACUGGACCGGCUGCCCGUUGGUUGCAGUCAGUAGAGUCGAGAGUAUCCACUAUGUCCUGGGGAGAGUUUGGUAGGUUGAUUUUAGAACGGUUCGGCAAGGACCAACACCAGCUGUUGCUCCGACAACUGUUUAGCAUCCGACAAACACAUUCUGUGGCUUCUUAUGUAGAUGAGUUCUCUCAACUAGUAGACAAAUUAAAUGCCUACCAAACCAUGUCUGACCCCUUAUAUUACACGUUGAAAUUUGUUGACGGUCUUCGUGACGAAGUCAAAGCUGUUGUUAUGCUUCACCGCCCAUCAGACCUCGAUACUGCCAUGGUUCUUGCACAAUUGCAGGAGGAAGCUGGGGCUAUGAUGAAGAGAACCGGUUCCAAAUGGGGUGAUUCUACUACUGCAUUCAAGCCUCGGCUAGGGGCUGCACCAGCUCAACCUGUUAAAGAACCCAAGCACAUGACUGCUUUGUCCACAGGCGACAAAUCCAUUGGGGGUACUUUACCAUCUACAGAUGACCGUAUUGCCUCAUUAUAUGCCUAUCGCAAAGCAAAAGGGCUCUGCUACAAGUGUGGUUUGCAAUAUAACCGUGGUCAUCGGUGUUCAGACACAGUACAACUACAAGUAGUGGAGGAAUUAUGGCAAAUGGUACAAUGCACCAAUACUGAAGCAAUUCCAGAAUGCGCCGAGGUGUCUGAAGACAAUGUUGAGAUUAAUGUGUUGCAAUUGUCACAAGCAGCUGUGGAUGGGUCUGAGGCCCCUCGCACUAUGAAAUUUGUGGGUCACAUAGCAGGCAUGGAUAUCUUGGCACUGCUUGAUUCUGGGAGUUCUCAUUCUUUUUUGAGUAUGGCUGUGGCUUCUUCUAUUCCUACAAUUUCUACAAUGGACCAGCCAAUGAAGGUUCAGGUGGCAAAUGGGUCUUACAUGAGCUGUGCAAAACAUAUUGUGGAUGCUUCUUGGUCCAUUAGUGGGGUUACAUUUUCAUCCACAUUAAGAGUAUUACCCUUGUCCACAUAUGAUCUUAUUGUGGGGAUGGACUGGUUGGAGAGUCACAGUCCCAUGCUCAUACACUGGUCACAAAAAUGGCUCAGUAUUCCUCUUCAGGACACCACAGUAACCUUGCAUGGAGUUAAGUCCUCAGUGUUACAGACAGCAGUGAUACAGGUCUGUAGCUUACAAGGAUUAUCUGACAAAGAGCAGACUAUGGUUGCUGAUCUUCCUACUGAUAUCCAAGAACUUUUAUCUCAAUUUUCUUCAGUUUUUGACAUACCCCAUACCAUGCCCCCAGUGAGAGAAUGUGACCAUCAGAUUCCGCUCAUUCAAGGAGCCAGACCAGUGCAAAUGUUGAGUUUGUGAUCCAAAUUCUGAAGAAGGCGGCCAAGUUGGCGAGCGAAGCGGAGGCCCGUCGCCGGGAGGCUUGGGCCGGAGCGCAGCGAGGCCAACUGGCCUUCCCGCAGCCCAGGGACGCCUGGGGGGUGGGGGGGGCGGAGCCCCCCCCGGUACGGAUCGUUUUAGGGUUUCACCUCUAUAAAUAUCUUUGUAAGCCGCAGGAGAUAUCUAUCUCAAUUGUAAAUCUCCUGCGAUCUGUAACCACCCGAAAAUAGUGAGAAGUUGCCUGCCGGCGCCCGUGGUUUUUUCCCCUUCACUUUGGAGGGGUUUUCCAC